UGCGACAACACGAGUCGACCACCUUCUCAAUGAGGAGAAGCCUUGACCUCCUUCUCCACGCACCCCCGCGUUUGGAAGGGCGGCCUCGGGCCAUCAAGGGACUCAGUCCGUGCCAACACCGGAUGACUGUAAUACAGGUCGAAUCCCGAACCACUCAUGAUCAUUCAUCUCCCAUCCUGCAUCAUUCAUUCAAGCUGAGGUCCAAUGGUGACAAUCUGGAAUCCGAACUCGAACAACACAUCAGUCCACGCCAAGUAAGCAGUAUCACUAGAGAUCAUCAGCCGCAGUCGCGAUGGGUGCUUCACAGUCCAAGAUCCCCUUUGAGGAGAAGGCCGUUAUCAGCACGGACGAUGAAUACGUCCAUGUUGAGAAUGAGCUCACCGCUGAGAAGGAAACGAUAACAAACAUCGCCAAAAGCCGUAACCCCGAAGGUCUCUCCUUCGAUACCGUCUCAAAAUGGGAGAGUACACUUUUGGAAGACCCCAAGAACAGACUGGCCUUAUCCGCCCUGAGCGCCGCCAACCCUCGUGAUGUCCUCCUCUCACGCGCGGCCAAGAUCGCAGAGCAGCAGGUGUUCAACAUCAAGAUCCCCUUCGAAGGUAGUCCCAUCACCAACCAGCGGCAAAGCGGGCGGUGCUGGCUCUUCGCCAGCACGAACGUCUUCCGCGUCGCCCUGAUGCAGAAGUACAACCUGGACCAAUUCGAGCUCUCGCAAGCCUACCUCUUCUUUUGGGACAAGCUCGAGAAGAGCAACUGGUUCCUGGAGCAGAUCAUCUCCACGGCCGACCAAGACCUCGAUUCUCGCUUGGUGCAACGCCUCCUCCACGAGCCCCUCAGCGACGGCGGCCAGUGGGACAUGGUCUACAACCUCGUCCACAAAUACGGCCUCGUCCCGCAGACGCUGUAUCCCGAUUCCUUCAAUGCCAGCUCCAGCAGCGUCAUCAACAGCAUCAUCUUCACCAAGCUGCGCGAAUACGCCCUCGUCUUGCGCAAGCUCCUCUCCUCCUCCAACCCGGCCACGGCAACUCAACAACCCCUCAGCAGCAUCAAAGCAAAGAUGAUGAAAGAAAUCCACGCAAUCCUCACCCUCACCCUCGGCCCCCCUCCCUCCGCCACCGAAGAAUUCACCUGGUCCUUCGUCGACCGCACCGGCAAAGCGCGCACCGUCCGCUCCACCCCCAAAGCCUUCGCUCAGGACAUCUACUCAUCCCAAUUCCGCAUCACCUCCAGCACCAUCAGCCGCAUGGUCUCCCUCGUGCACGACCCACGCCACCCACCCCUCACGCUCAUGACAGUCGACCGCCUCGGCAACGUCGUCGGCGGCCGCAACAUCACGUACAUCAACGUGGACAUGGCCACCCUCAAGUCGGCGUGCGUGAGCAUGCUCAAGGCGGGACUGCCCAUAUUUUUCGGUAGUGACGUGGGCAAGUUCAGCGAUCGCGUAGCGGGGGUCAUGGAUCUGGAUUUGAUCGACUACGAGCUCGGGUUCAACGUGUCGUUGUUGGGCGCUGAUAAGGCGGGUAGACUGCGGACGGGCGAGAGUCUGAUGACGCAUGCGAUGGUGUUGACGGCGGUGCAUGUGGAUGAGGAAACAAACAAGACGGUCAGGUGGCGGGUGCAGAACUCGUGGGGGACGGGCGUGGGAGAGGAAGGGUGGUUUGUGAUGAGUGAUGGGUGGAUGGAUGAGUUUGUGUAUCAGGCGGUGGUGGAUGUGAAUUUUUUGGGGAAGGAGGUGAAGGAUGUGUUGGGGCAGGAGCCGGUGGUGUUGCCGUUGUGGGAUCCUAUGGGGUCUUUGGCUUGAGUUUUACCUCUAGUCAGUUGCUGGUGAUCUGGACGUGAUGUUAUGGUGGUUUGAUGAGUUUGAUGAAUGUUAUGACUGAUGGAUCUUGAAGCUGGGAUUUGCUGAGACAGAUGAGUAGUGAAAUUGACUACAUAUCAACCAUUUACAAUUCCAGUGGCAACAUAGUUCGUUUCGUCUCGUUU